CUACACCCUCUCAUUACCGUAAGCAAUAACUGCACACACUUCUAUUACCAUUCCUUUUCACCUCUUCUCAGGCUUCACCAUCACCACCUCCUAACUAAUAAUCUUAUAUCAUAUUCAAACUCAUUUUUCAUGUGUUUUUUCAUUCUCUUUUAGGACAACCUCUUAAACCAUAGCAGUUCCAUAAUUCCCUUCCCACACCCCCACCCACUUGUUUUUUAGUUUCUUAUACUACAUGACCCACUUACAUAUAUGUUCCAAUCGCAACGUCUCUCUGCUGCUUCCACCAUGAUCAAUCUUUCUCUUAUAAUAAGGUUAUAAGAGUAACAAAGAAACAAGCAACAUGUUUAAUACUCCACAUCAAAAACACAGCAAGAACAUGUAUCAGAAUAGGUCAACAAGGACAAGAGAAGAAGCAAACCAAAUGAACAUGGAGGCUCCUUCAAGUGAUGACCAAGAAUCCAACCAACGUCGCAGAAAAAGGACAUAUCGCCGCCACACACAGCAACAAAUUGAUGAAAUGGAUACCUUCUUCAAGCAGUGUCCUAAUCCUAAUGAUGCUCAGAGAAGAGAGCUGAGCCUUCGGACUGGGUUAGACCCAACGCAAAUCAAGUUUUGGUUUCAGAACAGGCGCACUUCACUGAAGGUUCAAACCGAUAGAGAUGAGAAUGAGCUAUUAAAGAUUGAGAAUGAAAAACUUCGAGAUGAACUUGAUAGAUACAAGGGGGCAAUUAGUACCACAUGCAAAGUAUGUGGAAGUUCCUCUAACGCUGGGGAAAUGUCACAUGAGGAGCAGCAGCUAAGACUGGAGAAUGCUCUCCUUAGGAAAGAGCUUGAAAGGUUUGUGGGCGAGACGCCGACAGACUCUCGUGCCAAUAUAACAUCAUCCAACAAUAGCACUCAUGUUGCUUCACACUCUACGGAUUUUGGAGUUGCCGGUGGUAACAAUGGAGCAAGCCACCGCAUGGUAGGAGAGGGUUUAAGCGUUGGUGGCUCCUCAGUGCAGAUUAAGGGUCUUAAUGAGAAGCAAAAGAUUGUAGAGCUUGCUGUUGUUGGAAUGGAUGAACUGACCAAAUUGGCUAGGACAUAUGGACCCCCUCUUUGGAUCCCCACCAACUAUGUGACUGAGAUUCUCAAUGGAGAGGAAUACAUGAAGUAUUUCCCAAGGGGUAAUGGUCCCAACACAUGUGGAUUAAGGCUUGAGGGUUCAAAAGAAUCCGUGGUGGUCAUGAUUAAUGCUCCUGAUCUUGUAGAUAUCCUCAUGGAUGUGAAUCAAUGGUCAAAUAUGUUUUGCGGCAUUGUUUCUAGAGCAGCAACACUUGAAGUCCUUUCAACUGGAGUGGGAGGUAACUACGAUGGAGCCUUGCAAGUGAUGACAGCUGAGUUUCAAGUCCCCUCCCCACAUGUUCCUACUCGUCAAAACCAUUUUGUGAGAUACUGUAAACUGCACCCAGAUGGAAUAUGGGUAGUGGCUGAUGUGUCCUUGCAUCUUUUAAAUGCAGCAUCUGCUAGUAGUAGUAGUAGCAGUACUGCUUCAAGAACCAACAGAAGACCCUCUGGUUGUUUGAUUGAGACCCUCCCAAAUGGUCUCACUAAGGUUACAUGGAUUGAAAAUGUAGAAGUUGAUGAUCAGGUGGUGCAAAAUAUAUAUAAACCUCUAGUUAAUUCUGGACUUGCAUUUGGAGCUAAACGCUGGGUAGCUACAUUACAUCGACAAAGCGAUCGUCUUUUUUUUAGAACAGCCACCAACGUUCCACGGGAACAUCAUGUGAGAUUGACUCCUGAGGGAAAGAAAAGUAUAUUGAAUCUUGCGGAAAGGUUGGUAGCUAGCUUUAGUACAAGUAUUGGUUCUUCUACAACACAUGCUUGGACAAAGGUACCUGGAAACGGACCGGAGGUUGUAAUGGUCAUGACAAAAAGAUAUAUCGAUGAAUCGAGCAUUGACAAACCCGUCAGUGUAGUGCUAAGUGCUGCUACUUCUUUUUGGCUUCCAGUUCCUCCAAGGAGGGUGUUUGAUUUUCUUCGAGAUCAAAACACAAGAAAACAUUGGGAUAUUCUCUCCGCCGGCGGUAUAGUUCAUGAAUUGGCUCACAUUUCAAAUGGGCGUGAUUCUGGCAACUAUGUCUCCUUAUUUCGUAUCACUAGUGAAAAUUCAGAGCAGAGUGAUGUGGUAGUACUGCAAGAGAAUUGCACUGAUGUAACUGGCUCAUAUGUAGUAUAUGCGCCUGUGCAAAUACCUACAAUGCAUGAAAUCCUGAAUGGCGGCGACUCAAGUCGUCUCACUCUGCUUCCUUCCGGAUUCGCUAUUUUUCCAGAUGGGUGUAUAACAAAUGGAGGACCAAUUAUGAAUGUUGGAUCUGGAGGGUCUCUUGUCACAGUUGCAUUUCAAAUUAUAGUUGAUUCUAUUCCACAUGCAAGGCUAGCUCUGGGUUCAAUCACCACCGUUAACACUUUGAUCAAGAACACUGUGGAAAGGAUUAGAACUGCAGUGAUGCCUAAUGGCAUCUAAUUUAAUUACCUUCAUAAGGCAGAACAAAGCUAAGAUGACAAGCUUGGAGUUUUUGAAACAAGUCAAUGAACGCACCUUGGAGUAUCUUUUUCAAUGUUGGAUUUUGAAAGAACUUAGGUUCGGGUAUUGACUUUCACCUAUUGAAAAAACAAUACUUUCCACCAUGUCUUGUUGUUUUAACUUGGAAUAACUGCAAAUUUUAUCUUCCUUGUUUAUUUUAGCUCAUAAAGUUUUUGUGUUGUAUUGUCGACUUGAGUAAACUUUACUCAAAUUGGUUUUAUAUUGUUGACUUUGUUGUGACAAUGUACAAUGGAUCAAAUUUUGACUCUUUAUGUGUUUCUUUGUAUGUUUAGGCCGGCUGAGUGAAUUUUAAAAUUAGUUUUUAGAGCCGGGAUUUGGA